AUUGACUUUUUGGAAAUGCAAGGUUAAGUUUUAUUUAUACAUGUUUUCAAAUUUUAAAAUUUUUAUUAUCUUAUUUUAUAACUAAUUUAGUGUCAACCAUGGAUUUCUGGAAGGACGUGUUGAGUUCACCAGUAAAAAUCGUUGCUCCAAUGGUGGAUGCCAGUGAACUUCCUUGGAGAUUAUUAAGUCGAAAAUAUGGAGCUCAACUCUGUUACACUCCAAUGUUACACAGUGCUAUUUUCGCUAAAGAUCCCAAAUAUAGAAAAGAGGCUUUAGUCUCUUGCGGAGAAGAUAAACCUCUAAUAGUGCAAUUUUGUGGCAAUGAUCCAGAAAUUAUGUUAGAAGCAGCUUUGCUGGCCCAAGAUUAUUGUUUGGCUAUUGAUAUCAAUUUAGGGUGUCCCCAGGCUAUAGCUAAACGUGGGCACUAUGGUGCUUUUCUUCAGGAUGAAUGGUCUUUAUUACAUAAUAUCGUAAACACAUUAAGUAAAAAUUUAAGGGUACCUGUUACAUGUAAAAUCCGAAGAUUCGAAACAAAAGAAAAAACAGUGCAGUAUGCACAAAUGUUGGAAUUAGCUGGUUGUAAGAUGUUGACUGUACAUGGUAGAUUAAGGGAUCAAAAAGGACCACUUACAGGAUUGGCUGAUUGGAGUUACGUUAGAGCAGUAAAAGAAGCCGUCAAUAUUCCUGUUAUUUCAAACGGCAAUAUUCAGUGUAUCCAAGAUUUGGAAAGAUGUCUUGAAGAAACUGGUGCUGUUGGUGUAAUGACAGCGGAAGGGAAUCUGUACAAUCCUGCACUAUUUUUAGGACAAAAUCCACCAGCUUGGAUACCUGCUAAGGAGUAUUUAGAUUUGGCAGAUAAAUACCCUUGCCCUUUAUCUUAUGUUAGAGGACAUUUAUUUAAAUUGUUUCAUCAUAUUUUGUCAAUACCUUCAAAUAAUAAUCUACGGAUUCGAUUAGGGGCUGCAAAUACAAUGAAUCAAUUUAGAAUAAUAAUUGAUGAAAUAAGAGACAUGUAUGAACCAUAUCAUGAAGGACUGAAGUUGUGGGAACACUCAACAGAUAAUUAUUCUCAAAAUAUUGCACUUCCACCUUGGUUAUGUCAACCUUAUGUCCGGGAUACUCCAGAAGAUCACAUUAAAAAAGUGGAGGAUAAGAAAAAGGAAGCUGAACAAAGAGAAAAAUUAGACAACAAAAGAGAGUAUGAAGACUCCGAAGGACGGACAAUAAGUAGAAAGAAAAUGAAACGAUUAAGAAGAAUUAGUAGAAGGCCUGAAAAGCCGGAAAAUAUGCACGAAAGAAGUAUGGAGAAAUGUACAGAAUGUGUUAAUCCAUUAGGUUCAAAGUGUUUGUAUAGGCUGUGCAAAAAGUGUUGCAAAGACAAGUGUUAUAUAGAAAAUUUAGAUUGUAAGGGACAUAGAAUUUUAGUUAAAACGAGAAGAGAAGUUGCAAAAAUGUACGCUAGUCAAGAAAUGAAAAAAGAGAUUGUUAAUAUAACAUAAUAAAAUAUUUUCACAAUGUUAUUUUCGAAUUAAUAUUUAUUUUAUAAAGG